UGGAGCAGUUCUGAUGUGUGUGUGUGUGUGUGCCCAGGUGUGAUUGACGGCUACACAGGUGAGCGUCUGGCGCUGGAGCAGCAGAUUCGGGAGCGAUCCGAGCUACAGCUGCGUCUGGAGCAGGAGCUGAUGAUGACCGCCAGCCGUCUGCGUGAACUGGAGCAGGAGCGUGUGCAGAUACAGGACGAGCGAGAGCUGAUGUCACGCCAGCACCACGCCAUGAGAGAGGGGGCGGGGCCUCGAGAGCUGCGACUAGUUGAGGCUGCUCUUGACACAGCACCUGAAGCAGAUCUGCUGGAGGAGACGGAGAAGCUGAUGGCGGAGAAGGUGGAGGUGCAGCGUCAGGCGCAGAAGGAGAGCGGCGAGCUGCUGCAGCAGGUGAAGCAGCUGGAGGUGGAGCUGGAGGAGCAGGUGAGUCGUCUUCAGGAGCUGCAGGAGACACACAGCACAGAGACGACUGACCUGAGGCAGCAGAUACAGGCUUUAGAGAAGCAGCUGGAGAACAACCGCAAGUUCAUGGACGAGCAGGCCGUGGACCGCGAGCACGAGCGAGACGUCUUUCAGCAGGAGAUUCACAACCUGGAGCAGCAGCUGAAGAAUCCCAACAAAACACCGACAGGAAGUGACCGGCGGGACAGAGAGGUGCAGGAGCUGAGCGCGGCGCUGCAGGAGAAGGCAGACUGGUGCAGUGAGCUGCUGUUGAGCUCGGAGCAGCUUCAGAGAGAUGUGUGUGAGAGAGACGAGGAGAUCGAGACGCUGGGAGCACGUCUGAGGGAGCUGGAGCACACACUCAUCCACAGGGUGGAGGAGGUCCAGCAUGUGUCUAUGGCGAGCAGAGCAGACGUCACACUGGAAGCACAGCUGCAGACAGAGAGAGAGGCUCUGGACAGGAAGGAGAAGGAGAUCGUGAAUCUGGAGGAGCAGCUGGAGCAGUUUCGUGAGGAGCUGGAGAACAAGAGCGAGGAGGUGAAUCAGCUUCACAUGCAGCUGGAGAUCCAGAGGAAGGAGAUCAGCGUCCAUCAGCAGGAUCUGCAGGAUCAGGCCCGGCUCGCUCAGGUCUUGGAGGAGAAGGACAGGCAGAUAGCCGUCCUAAACGAGCAGCUCGCUAAGCGUCAGCACACGGGAACAGACCCUAAGACCGAGGCGGUGGAGGAGAAGGACGAGGUUCUGCGAGAGAUGGAGGCGCAGGUGGAGUGUCUGCGGAGCGAGCAGGAGCGUCUGAAGAGGAACAGCGAGGAGGAGGUGGAGCAGCUCAACGCCGUCAUCGAGAAGCUGCAGCAGGAGCUGACACACAUCGAGCUCAAGCAGCGUCAGGACGAGAGCGACGAGAUGAAGCAGAGGAUGGACGAGGUGACCACAGAGCUGGACACGCUGAAGAGCCGAAACCAGCGUCUGGAGGAGGCUCUGCAGGAGAAGACCGCUGCGUGUGUGGUGCUCCAGGCUCAGGUGCAGGCGCUGGAGGAGAGCGCAGGGUCAAAGGUCAUGAGCUUGAGUCGCCGUGUGGAGGAGAAGGACUCGGAGCUCAGCGCCUGCAGGUUGAAGGUGGAACAAGCACAAACAGACGCCGAUGCUCUUUACGCUAAAGUGGCUCAGCUGGAGGAGAAACUCAGGGAGAAGGUGGCCGCCGUUCUGGUCAGCCAAGCACAACUGGAAGCCGUCCAGAUGCAAACCAAAGAGCUCCGCGCAGAAGAAGCCAUGGGCCCCAGCACGCAGCUGCAGUCGGAGGGCCCCAGCACACAGCUGCAGUCGGAGGGCCUCACGGCGCAGGCAGCCUCCGUGGGGAAGACGAGUCUGCUGGUGGAGAAGCUGAAGGAGCUGGAGGAGGGUCUGAGCGGGAUGCAGAAGGACCAGGAGCUGCAGAAACAGCUGUUGAGUAGCUCUGAGGAUGAGGUGAUGGAGUACGAGAGGAGGUUAGCCUUGAUGAUCGACCUACUAAACCAAAUGAGAACCAAACCAACCCAUCACAAACUCGCUGAGGUGUCAGCUGAAGGCGGUCAGUCGCUGUCUGAGCUGCUGGAAGAGGUCAAAGGUCAAGCUGCGUCCACUAAAGAGGAGCUGAACUGCUACAGAGAACUGAGUCACAAGCUUCAGGAGGAGAUUGAGAUGAAGGAGAGCAGGAUCUCACAGCUCCAGGCAGACAAUGAGACCGCAGCAGGUCAUGGCACACAUCACACACGUGAAGAACACACGGCAGAGAUGGCUGAACUCCUCCAGGAGCUGCAGGAGGUCAAAGGUCAAGUGAGCAGCACACAGCAGGAGCUGGAGAGCUGCAGGGCUCAGAGCGUCACACUGCAGGAGCUGCUGCAGGAGAGAGAGAUGAGCAUCGCUCUGCUGAAGGAUCAGCUGCACAGGGCCUCACAGGAGGGCGAUCAGUCCCCAGCGGAGCUGCUGCAGGAGCUGCAGGAGGUCAAAGGUGAAGCGGCCGCCACCAAAGAGCAGCUGAACAGCGUCCAGGAGCGCAGCCUCAAACUGCAGGAGGACAUCGAGGUCAGAGACGCGUCCAUCGCUGAGCUGAAGCACAGACUUCAGGAGCUCCAAACUGCUUUGGCCAAAUCCAGCGAGCAGUCGACCCAGCCUGAAAAGAAAGGAGACGACAGAGAGCAUCAUGGGAUGGACGGAGGCACCCGAGCGGAUGUGUGUGUGCAGACGGAUCCGUCCGGAGAAGAGGAGCUGGAGGAGCUGAUGCUGGGAUACGAGGAGAAGAUCGCACAGAUGCAGGAGCUGCACGCGGCUGAGAUCCUGGACAUGGAGUCCAGACACAUCUGUGAGAGCGAGAGUCUGAAGACCGAGAGCCAGCGACUGAGAGACGAGCUCAGGACCCUCCAGGGUCCGGCUGUGAGGUCUGAGCGCGCUCUGUUUAGAGACGGAUACAGCAGUGACAGCGGUUCAGACUGGACUCGGCGUGGGGGUCAGGAUGUUCCUCCGCUGCAGGAGUGUCGCAGCUCACCUGAAGGAGCGCACAGAGACGUGGAGCCGGACGUCCUGCCAGACAGAGUCAAGAGUCUGCUGCGUGAGGUGCAUCAGGAGGGCAUGCAGGUGCUGUCUCUGACCGAAACUGACCCACCUCCUCAGAGCAGAGAGAGAGACGCCCUCAUCAACACCAUCCAGUCUCUACAGCUCCUCACCGGCACACUGCAGACGGAGACACAGGUGGAUGAGGACUGGCGAGCAGAGCUUCUGUGUGCCGUCCAGCAGGUGUUUGUUCAGGAGCGAGACGUGCUGAAGAGCCUCUCUCACUCUCCUCUGGAGCGUCUGGACACGGCUGAUGCGGUCCUCCAUCAGGACACCAGACACAGAGAGCUCAUGGAGACGCUGUACGCCGCAGACAGAAGCAGCCUGCGCUCAGAGAUCCAGCAGCUCAGAGCUCAGCUCACACAGCGCCACCACCAGGACACCGCCGGACUGGAGAGAGAGAGCGCUGCUGCGGUCACAUGUGCCUCUGAUCGACUGGAGGAAGUGAAGACCGAACUGAACCAAACUAAACUAGAGCUAGAGAGCGCUCUGAACACACAACACACACACCUGGAAGAGCUCCACGCACUCAGGGCGGAGGUCUCUCUGAAGACGUCUGAAGUCCACACACUGACCGACACACUCGCCCUCGAGCAGAAGAGAGCCAGAGAGAUGCAGUGGGCCUUUGAGAAGGAGAAACACAAGACUGACAGGAAGCAGGAGAGCGACAGAGAGGAAGUGGAGGAGCUGAAGCUGGUUCUGGAGGAGCAGCGGGGUCGUGUGGAGGAGCUGUCCAGGUCUCUGGAGACGGAGGUCAGCGUCUCCUCCGAGCUGCAGGUUCAGUUAGAGGCUCAGAGAGCUCGAUCGGUGGAGCUCAGCAGCACUCUGGAGAAACAGAAGGAGCUGAACGCACAGCUGCUCCAGCGCUUCCAGACGAGCUCCACGUCUGAGACACACGACACCCUCGAGCAGACGGAGGACACCUGCAGCCAGGUGGAGGCCGGCGUCCUCUCCGUGGAGUCUCUCCUGCAGACGCUGCAGACGCAGCUGGCCGAGAAGCAGACGCAGGUGGAGCAGAUGAUGGAGGAGAUGGAGAGACAGAAGCUGGAGGCGGUGCAGUGCAAACGACAGUGGGACGAGGAGAAAUCCACCCUCACCCGUGUCGCUGCGCAGGACCAGAAUGCAUUGCAGGCCGCACACAACAGCCUGAGCAGCCUGGAGAGACGGGCGUCCGAGCUGCGGGUGGAGCUGGAUACAGAGAGAGAGAGUGUGAGGAGGCUGGAGAGAGACCGAGACAGACUGCAGGAGACUGUGAGACAGCUGGAGGACAACCAGAGCGUGAGAUCAGACGCCCGGCCGCAGGAUCAAACCCGUGACUGCGUGUUGCAGACGGGAGAUGAUCUGAGCUCAGAUCCUAAACACAGGGACAACAUCCUCAGCAGACUGCAGCUCAUCGCCAGCAAGAUCAACAGCCUGACCAGUGAAACCCCAAGCAGGUUAUCUGGGGAAGCGCCGGAUCGGGACAGUCUAGCAUGGCUGCACAGUAAUGUACAGGAUGUGUUGUCACUGUUACAGCAUAUCCCAUCAGCCCCCUCUGCUCUCCCCGAGAGCGCCGCUCUGCUGGCUGGAGGAUCAUUCAGUCUGAAUGAGCGUUUGCUGAGACAGAACGCAGAGCUCACGGGAUUCGUCAGCAGACUGACGGAAGAGAAGAACGACCUGCGAAACCAGUUACUGAAGCUGGAGGAGGAGCUGCGCAGAUACAGAGCGAAGAAAACCAGCGUCGAGAGCGUGUCGAGCCGGGCUGUGGCGGAGCGUCAGGAGCUGAUGUUAUUCUCUAGCGAGCGAGAGUCUUGGGCUCAGGACAGGAAUCGUUUGGAGAAGUCUCUCCGUCAGGCCGAGGCAGAACUGACCCGUCUGAGAGGAGAGAUUCGCUCUGAUGCGCUGCGAGAUCUGACCGGAGCUGAUCUGGACAACACGGCUCUCAGGAGGAUGUAUGGGAAAUACCUGCGCUCCGAGAGCUUCCGGAAGGCCCUGAUCUAUCAGAAGAAGUAUCUUCUGCUGCUGCUGGGAGGCUUUCAGGAGUGUGAGGAGGCCACGCUGUCUCUGAUCGCCCGCAUGAGCAGCUUCCCUGAACACGGUCUGGAGUCUGUGGGGCUUCAGCGCAGGGGUCUCACACGCUUCAGAUCAGCCGUGCGUGUCUCUAUCGCCCUCUCCAGGAUGAGGUUUCUGGUGAAGCGAUGGCAGAGAGCAGCUGGAGGAACGACGCUCAGCAGAAACGGCAUCUCUCAGAUCACAGGUGCUGAUGUGAGGAACGAGUCGUCGUAUCUUCAUCCCGGCGGUGCGGACGUGUUCAGAGAGAGACGAGCGUCCAGCCGAGGACGCACAGGACGAGACUCUCCUCGCUCCGCAGCAUUGCUCCAGCACAGGUUUCACACGAUGGCCGGUGAUGCCGGAGGUUUACCGUGUUCACACCUGCAGAACUACGACCCGGACCGCGCUCUCACGGACUACAUCUCCCGUCUGGAGGCUCUUCAGAGACGUCUGGGGAGUGUGACCACAGGUUCCUCUUCGUACGCUCAAAUGCACUUUGGAGUCAGAAGAUGAAGGUCUACAUUUACAUUGAUACUGGCUUGAAGAAUCUCAGAUGCCUUCUCUUGUGCUGAGCUGCUGUGCUUUUGUCUUCUGAUGAUAAACCUGUACAAUUCUGUGGGACCAAAACCAUGUUUGUUUUCUGUCUUUUGUGUGUGUGUGUGUGUGUGUGUGUGUGUGUGAAUCAUCUUAUAAUCAAGCUUUCGUUGGCAGCACUUGAAACGGCUUCAACGUCUGUACAUUAGUUCUACUUCAUUUGUUGUAAAACAAUCACGUUACUAUAUAUUUGUGGAAUGCUAAUUUAAGUUGAUUAAUUUAAUGGAGACGUGUUGAGAGAGUUUGGACCAGGACGGCUGCUAUCGGACACGAGCGAGGCUGUACUCGUCACAAACACUAACGAGGCUCGUUAAGGCUUCGUUCGGGCUGUAACGUGUCGCUGUUAUCAGAUACUCUACACUGUGUUUAAUUCGCUCGCUCCCGUGAAAAGAAUUUGUAGAAGACAUAUUUUUGUAAAGGUUGGAGCUUCUGGGUAUUUUGUCAAAACUCAAAUAAAGAUUAAUAUAAUAUUUAAAAACUG